CGUGCGCUGAGCGGCGCGGCGUGCAGCAAGGCUCAGAUAUCACGACUUAACCUAGUCCCGAUUCACGCUGCCAACAUUGACAACAAGACUACUGUAAAUAAUGCUUAUGCGGUUAGCUUAGUGCGCGCAAUGUUUGCGGGCGUGCGGUGCGCGUGGAGCGCGCUGGCGGCGCUGGCGGCGUUUAGCUGGCUGGUGGGCUGUAGCGCGUUGCAGCAGCCGCGCUGCGAAGAGAUCACCAUCCCGAUGUGCCGUGGCAUCGGCUACAACCUCACCUCCUUCCCCAACGCCCUCGACCACGACACGCAGGAGGAGGCUGGCCUCGAGGUGCACCAGUACUGGCCUCUGGUGGAGAUCAAGUGCUCGCCGGACCUCAAGUUCUUUCUGUGCUCGGUGUACACGCCCAUCUGCAUCGAGGACUAUGCCAAGCCGCUGCCGGCGUGCCGCAGCGUGUGCGAGCGCGCCCGCGCCGGCUGCGCCCCGCUCAUGCAGAAGUACGGCUUCCAGUGGCCCGAGCGCAUGGCCUGCGAGAAGCUGCCCAAGAUGGGCGAGCCCGACCAGCUGUGCAUGGACGAGAACGAGCGCGCGCAGGAACCGGAGCCGCCGCGCCCGCCGCCGCGCCGCCCCCACAAGCCCUGCAAGGAUCCAAAAAACUGCGAAAGCGCUGCCGGCGGCGAGGGCGGCGGCGAGGAGUGCGCGUGCGCGUGCAGGGCGCCGCUCGUGAGCGUGCGCGCGCACAACGCCAGCGUGCCCGGCCUCGCCAACUGCGCCGCGCCCUGUCGCGGCCCCUUCUUCUCGCGCGAGGAGAAGGAGUUCGCGGCCGUAUGGAUCGCGCUCUGGAGCGGCCUCUGCGCCAUCUCCACCCUCAUGACGCUCACCACCUUCCUCAUCGACUCGCAGCGCUUUAAGUACCCCGAACGGCCCAUCGUCUACCUCUCUGCCUGCUACUUCAUGGUGGCGCUGGGCUACCUGGCGCGCCUCGUGCUCGGACACGACGAGAUCGCGUGCGACGGCGCCGUCAUCAAGACCUCCGCCAACGGGCCCAGCGCGUGCACCCUCGUGUUCAUCCUGGUGUACUUUUUUGGCAUGGCUUCCUCGAUCUGGUGGGUGGUGCUGUCGUUCGCGUGGUUCCUGGCGGCCGGACUGAAGUGGGGCAACGAGGCGAUCGCCGGACACGCGCAGUACUACCACCUGGCGGCGUGGCUCGUGCCCGCCGCCAAGACGGUGGCCGUACUGCUGGCGGGCGCGGUCGACGGCGACCCGGUGGCCGGCAUCUGCUACGUGGGCAAUUCCUCGCCGGAGAACCUGAAGAAGUACGUGCUGGCGCCGCUGAUCGUGUACUUCGCGCUCGGGGCGACCUUCCUGCUGGCCGGCUUCGUGUCGCUGUUCCGCAUCCGGUCGGUGAUCAAACGACAGGGCGGUAUCGGCGCCGGCUCCAAAGCCGACAAACUGGAGAAGCUGAUGAUCCGCAUCGGCGUGUUCAGCGUGCUGUACGCGGUGCCGGCGGGCGUCGUCAUCGGCUGCCUGGCGUACGAGGCGGGCGGGCGCGCGGGCUGGCUGCGCCGCGUCGCGUGCGGCCCCGCCUGCGGCCCGCGCCCUCUCUACUCCGCGCUCAUGCUCAAGUACUUCAUGGCGCUCGCCGUCGGCAUCACCUCGGGCGUCUGGAUCUGGUCCGGCAAGACGCUGGAGUCCUGGCGGCGCGUGUGGCGCGGCGGCCGCGCCCCUCACCGCGCGCUGCCCAAGGGCGGCGUGUGA